AUGGUGAAAUACGCUAGGGACAAUCAGAUGCGGAACGAGAUGGAAGACGCCAUUUUGCGGAAACGGAGGUCUGGCGAGUACAAUCCAGACGAAAAGAAGGAGAAAAAGCUGAGACAAAAGUACGGUUUCCGCUUACCAGACGAAAAAGGGUACAAUGAGUAUUGGCAGCACCGCUUGCUUGGUACGACGCCAUUGUAUUUGCAGAAAAACCUAGUGGAUUACACGAACGUCGGGGAUGCGAAGUUUCAAGCUGCGUACUUCACAGAUUGCGGCAAACCAGUUUCGAAGCGUCAUCAUCCGUACAUUGUCUUCAAGAAGCCAGUCCAGCAAGUGCAUUUGCGUGUUCGAGACCACUACCAUCCAGAAAGAAUACUCUACGAUGCAGAUUUCUUGUUUCAGGAACCCUCGAAAUAUCUGGACGAAACGAUGCCUGCGAUUCGAGGAUGGAAGGGGAGUGGGGGCUCUUUGGGGAUUGAUUUAUGGUGGUGCAAUUGUAGCAAUGGUGGUCGUCACUACAACUACUUAGGUCAUUUACUUAUCAUUGAUAAUAUUCUUUUUCAAGCUCGCUCCACACCCGCAGCAGGCGGGUUUUCUCAAAUACAAAUGAUUUCAAACAUUUAUACGAAUGUUCUCCUAUAGUUGGUGAUGCAUCUUUUGUAUCCUCUCUUCAUAUCCCAACCUUCUGGCAGACAGCGGUGCACCAGCUUUCGCAACCGAGAAAUCAGCAAAGGCGGCAAAGGCAGUCAAACUGAGUACCAAAGACACGUCCAAUACCGAUGUCUAUGGAAAACUGCGGUUUCCACGUCUUUGUGCCUAUGCCGAUGAAGAAGAGUGGGAGAGGUUAGGAAAAAUGAAUCCAAAGGUGGCUGGAAAUUACAAAGAAGAACAGGGUAAGAACUCUUGGAUGACUGAGAUCUUCAAGACUAGUGUUGGUACUCAUGCUACUCAUGCUCAUGGACCUCACGGAGGUGCUGGAAAAAGUAGUAGCAGCAGUGGGAGCGCCAGGAGCACCAGUAAAAGUCGUCCUAGUCCUAGUCCACCAACUCAUCUUCAUACCGAGUUAGUGAACAAGAGCAACCGACCAAAUCGCCUUUUUGAAGAGAAUAAUGCGGUCAAGCGAAACGAGAUGUGGAGUAACACUGCAGCUUUUGCAGGCGACACUGAAAACAACGACCACAAGCCGAACAAGACUUCGUCUUUCAGAAGUCUUUUUAGUGGAAGGAACUCUCAACCUCCGCCUACACCGACAGAGAUGGGUCACGGUCUAUGCCCUGAUCCUUAUCGCCCAUGUCAGAUCUACGAAAUGCUGGUCAGCACGAAUCACAGUAUGCCUAACACAGGCGAAGGCGAAAGUAUGGCGUUGCAGGAAGGACCGCAAUUGCCGAGUGUGAAUCUGGAGGACAGCCACAGCGAGGAUAAUAUGGAUUUUGAUUCUGGAAUGCUAAGUCUCAACAAUGAUGUCUCAGGGGAAACCGAUAAGAUAUUAUUCGGAGUCCAAGGCGGCAUGAAGCACAAACACACUUACACACCAUCGAUGCUAAGCGGGAACCGUGCCCAACCGAGACCUCAGAACCGAGACAUCGUAGAUGCUGUUUUGGCCGGGAAGAAGCCGACUACAGUAGAUACUAGCAAGAACCACGGCAACAACUACAUCGCCUUGUCCUCGUCAACUCUGAACAAGAAAAACGUGGAAAACAUCUUUGGUAAAUACCAGAUGAAACCUGGAAAUCCGAUGAAUGAAAUGGUGCAGCCCAAGGUCAAAGCGGUUUUGGAGAAGGGAGACUUGAAUACCGCGAUGCUAAACAACUACUACGCGAAGAAGAUGCAGCAUAGAAAUACGUAUGAGAGAUGA